GGGAGACAACUUUCAUCCAAAGGAUCAGGGAUUUCGACAAUGUGCAUCUUGUCAUAUCAGCAUGGGCACGGCGUACUCAACAUUCAAUGAAGCAUCCAAACCGAGUUGGAAAUAUGCCACUUGGAGAGCUCGACAGAAUUUUCGUGAUCAUGUACUCCAACGAUGGCGAUUAUCAUCGCAACACGAUCAGCGUCCAURACUUCGAUGCAACACUUUCUGGUGAUUUGGUGAAGGGAGAGACUUCAUCGUCCACUUCAUUUGAGCCACCUCGACGUAUGAGACAAGGCAAGGAGAGGGUGUUUAACGAGAAAUUUGAGGAGAAGUCGUUUGCCAUGACGAAGUGGAAAAUGGCAGGGAUGGAGUCUAGAGAGAAAAAUGUGUAUGAGGGGAUGGAAAGGGAACCGAACAAAAUGGUGGAGAUGUUAGAGCAUUUUUGUCCCGAGGAUCAKRCAGUGCUUUUCUUAKRRAAGAGUCAUGCUGCUACSRUGUGGGAGCUAUUAAAGAGUAAGCGACAUGUUGUUGCUUUGGAGGAAGACARYUUGAARUUUGAGUUCCUCAUGCAGUACACAAUGAGGAAUGUUGGCGAUCGCACUUAUCAGGCUGCGUUCGUCAAGCCUCGUCCCAAACAUGAUGAAGAUAGGGACAUGAUUCACAAACUUGGCAACAAGAGAGACUCUCUCUGGCAUCUUCUUUUUAGAUCCCAACCUCGAGAUCGUGGUGAUGCGGUAUAUGCAAGGCGAAGAAAAAAAGCUGAGAGUUUGUUAAGAGGUUACCACAAGGCACGUCCUGAGGCAGAGGUGCUAUUUAUCGACCGCUUGGAGCAAAUGUACUUCAAUGACAAUGUCGGCGUAUUCGACAUGAAUGCGUAUGCCACAUGCUUCGAUGAGGGGCAACGUCUUUGCCAAAAUGAUUCUGACGAGGAAAGUGACAAUGAUACAUUGGGAGCUGCUUUGGUUGGUGAGUUACAAUGCUGGCAUGACUCGACGUCAACUUCUGUAGCUGAAGAACAACUAACGGCUGCUCAAGAUGGUGUCUUGUCAACACACGAGACAUCAACGCGACUUUUCAAGCAACCUUCAAUGGUGGAUCCAUCACAUGCCAAUUUUCAGGCUAGUUUGCAAUUUGUUGCCCCUAUAGAGAGUAUGGGAUCAAUAACGCCAACUGCGGUUUCUCUUCCACCUGCAUCCGCCUCAUCUCAGAAUUUGUCAGCGGAAGCAUUAGCCAAUGCGUUAGGACAACUGCUUCCUAAUGUUGAUCCGCUCUUGCUUCAAAAUGUCUCACAAAUGAUUCGUUCUCAAACGGUUCAUGUUCAACGCACUGCACCUAUAAGCGUGAACAAAGAGGUUGAUACGAAUGAAGGAGAUGGAGAGGGGGAAGAAAAUGAGAAGAGAGGGGAUGACGAAAAUAGAAGGGUUGGGGAGGAAAGAGGGAUGGAGAAUGACAAUAAUAAGAUAAAAGAUGAGGACAGGAUGCCACAAGCAAACUGUGAGAUGGAAGCAGACACUCUUGGAGGAAAUGUUGACAAUAUGCAAUGCGAGAUUGUGUUACAAGGAACGUCACCAUCUAACGCGAGAAACAUCACCAACAAGGAAGAUGUUGAAACCUUUCCAGCGAAUCAGGAGUGUGUUUCUCCUUUGUUGGCUCCGCAUGCUGCAUUGACCUCAGAGUUCCACCACUCAAGGGAAGAAGAUGCUGGUUAUUUAGUGUUGCAAGGGAACGGGCAUGCGAAGGGAACAUAAAACGACUCCAAUAGUGAAGGUGAAGCUCGCCACCAAUGGAUAAAGCCCUUAACAGGUA